UUCAUUCCAAAAAAAAAAAAAAAGAAAAACAUAUCAGAAGAUCAAAAGUAGAUCCUCUUUCCACCACCAACCAAAAACAAUGACGAAGAAGUUUCACCACUUAACUCUGCUACUCCUCCUCCUUCCUACUCUCAGUCUCUCCCUCUGCCGCAACUUCUGCGGCAACAUGGGCAUCAAGUACCCAUUCGGCAUCGACGACGGUUGCGGCGCCCCACAGUUCUCGAAAAUGCUCAACUGCUCCACCGACCUCUUCUUCCAAACCCCCUCCGGCAACUACAAAGUCCAAUCCAUCGACUACGACAAAAAAUCUCUCAUCAUCUACGACCCCGCCAUGUCCACUUGCUCCAUCCUCCAGCCUCACCACGACUUCGUCAUGACGGAGAUUCAGUACGCCCUCAUUCCCCCCUCUCCCGACACCGUCUUUGCUCUCCUCAACUGCUCCAUCGACUCGCCUGUGCUCAACCACUACAAGUCUCUCUGCUUCAACUUCUCUGGCCACUCCUGCGACGAGCUCUACGGUGCCUGCACUGCGUUUCGUCUCUUCCACCUCUUGUCCAACACUACGCCUCCGUGUUGUUUUACGGGGUAUAACACUGUCAAGUAUAUGACCAUGGAUAUAUUGGACUGUUCGCAUUAUACUAGUAUGUAUAAUGUGGAUGCUUUGAAAGGUGUUGGACCGUUGGAUUGGUUGUAUGGGAUGAAGUUGUCCUACAGUGUUCCUGAUACUGGCUGUGACCAGUGUUCAAAGUCUGGUGGGACCUGUGGGUUUGAUGUCGAGACCAAAGGAAUGCUUUGUAUUUGCUCCACCACUGUCAAUUCUACCAGAGAAUGUGCUGCAGGUAGUGUUACAGCCACAGGGGAGGCCCACAUGCUAUCUACGUUGCUACAAACUCUUGUUUUGCUUUUUGUGGCAACGUACUGUAUGAUUCUAUGACAUGACUUUUAUAAUAUGGAUUGACAGUGCUGAGUCUGUUUUCUCUUCUUUCGGUGAUAUAUGAUCUUUAUUUUUUUUUUUUUGAGCUGGCAAGGAAGGCACUAAUUUUUGGUGUACACUAGACUACUGAUACGUACUAAUCCUCCAUUUAUUUUGGUGACAAACAUUUUCUGUGAAUUUUUUCUUUUCCCUUCAUAAAAUGUUUUUUGUGAUAUGAUAGAGGUGGGAUGAUGAUAAUGAUGGUGAUGGGGUAACGGUAUAAUAUUUUAGAAAAUGCUUUUCACUUUUUAAAAAUAAAAAAUAUUAUUUUAAGAUAAAUUUGUUAUUUAUUGACUUCCGUUUUUUUAUCAUAUUAAACGGACAAAAAAUGUGGAAGACAUUUAAAGAGUUGGAAGAAAAACUUUCCUUUCAAAAAUAUUUAUAACAAUUUAUCGGCGGGUGAUUCCAUCAUCACUGGCUUACACUCAAUAUUUAUUCUCCCUCGACGUCACACAACUAUUUAUUGUUAUCCAAUCUUUGAGCAUGUAUUCAAAAACAAAAAAACUUUGUAUGGUACAUAUUGUAUUCACAAUUAAUUCCAUUUUUAUAAAUAUUUUUUUAGAUUUGUAAAGAAAAAUUAUGCCAUGUAAUAUUGAUAGUUUUAAUAUAUAGCUUGUGUUAGCAUUUAAAUCAAUAUUUAAUCGUACAAUUUGUUGUCGGACGUGCAAUCUAUUAAGUAUCGUACUUUUUCGUUUUAAAAAAAUGACACGUCUCUUUGUUCUAAAUUAUUAUUAUUAUUAUUUUAUUUUAAAAUAUUCAUAAUCAUUUGUGAUAAUAUUUGUAUAUCUCGAGAUUCUUACAUAAUUUACUAAUUAUGAGUAUUUUAUAAUACGACGUUGUUACGUAGCUCGAAAACGAGCCCCCUGAAUCGCCCGAAAUUGAAAAAGGUGAUUUUUGAAUGUUUGGCCCAAUUGCAACAUUGGUCAAUUGACACCACACGCGAGAAAUAGAAGAAAAUGGAGGAGAGGAGAGAGAGAGAGAGAAACCAGUCGAAGAAGAAUAGGUGAGAGUGACCACCAUUGAGAUCGACUGGUGCUGACACUACCAACCUAGGUGACCACCGACGACUAGCGAAAAACUCUGCCGAGCUCGCCAUCUGGAAAUCUCUGCCUACCGUCAGUGGGAAAACUUGAAAGCCUGUCACUGUUCUUUCUAACCACCUCAGUGUCUCAAUUUUAUUUUUGAACAAACUAGAUGAGCUAAUCAAAGCAUCAUCAAAAUAUCUCAUUUCUUUUGGAAAAAUUGCGGAGAGAUGAUAUUGAGAACAAAUAGAUGUUCAUUUCAAUUUGGCCUUCA